UCGUCCUUCUCCUUCCCACCGCCACGCCACGCCACGCCACGCCGGCUCGGUACAUAUACUAGCCUGCCUCGAUCGGCCUCCCUCGCAUUCCCCCUCGAUCGGCCUCCCUCCCCCAAGAUCCUCCACUCGAUCCCAAACAAACCAACAAAUCCAUCCAUCGCACAUGGACGCGUUCUUCUCGGCCUCCUCCGCGUCGGCGCCCUACGGCUACGGCGCCGGCGGAUGGAGCUACGACUCGCUCAAGAACUUCCGCCAGAUCACCCCCGCCGUCCAGACCCACCUCAAGCUCGUCUACCUCACCCUGUGCGCGGCGCUGGCCUCGUCGGCGGUGGGCGCUUACCUGCACGUGGUCUGGAACAUCGGCGGUACGCUGACAAUGCUCGGUUGCGUCGGCAGCAUCGCCUGGCUCUUCUCGGUGCCCGUCUACGAGGAGAGGAAGAGGUAUGGGCUGCUGAUGGCGGCUGCCCUCCUGGAAGGCGCUUCGGUCGGACCCCUCGUCAAGCUCGCCGUGGAAUUUGACCCAAGCAUCCUGGUGACGGCGUUCGUGGGGACUGCCAUCGCGUUCGCGUGCUUCACCGGCGCGGCCAUGGUGGCCAGGCGCAGGGAGUACCUCUACCUGGGUGGGCUGCUCUCGUCGGGGCUCUCCAUCCUGCUCUGGCUGCAGCUAGCCGGCUCCAUCUUCGGCCACUCCGCAACCAGCUUCAUGUUCGAGGUCUACUUCGGGCUGCUCAUCUUCCUGGGCUACGUGGUGUACGACACGCAGGAGAUCAUCGAGAGGGCGCACCGCGGCGACAUGGACCACGUCAAGCACGCCCUCACCCUCUUCACAGACUUCGUGGCCGUCCUCGUCCGCGUCCUCGUCAUCAUGCUCAAGAACGGGGCCGACAAGUCGGAGGACAAGAAGAGGAAGAAGAGGUCGUGAGCGCGUCGAGAAGGGAAGCUCUUCCACUUCCACAUAUGCAUAGGAGUAACUGCUGGGGUUCCUUCCUGGGGUGGAAGUGUGGAACUGAGCUGAGUGUUCAGAAGUGUUCCUUUGUUCGGCACCUUUGUUCUCUUCCUCUCUUGAUGAGUCUGUAAAUAGCUAUGUCAAUCUGGUUAAGCUUGGUUUGGUUGCCUGUGCCUGUGUUCGCUGGCCUUUGGAUAGAAUGCAAAUUAAAGAUGUUGCUAUUGCAC